AUCAUUUUUCCAGGUAGCCAUUUUUGAAACCUCUGAGACUCUGGAUCUGAACUCUAGGAUCUUGCUUCUUCUUCCUUGGAAUAUACACAAUAACACUUGCAGUCCCGCCGUAAUCUUGGAUCUUCUCAAUUCAGCAAACUGUCAUUCCCACGAGUUCUUGGUGUGCUUCCUCCUCUUACCUCUGCUUAAUUUCCAACUUCGUUCUCAGAGCUGUAUACACCUUUGAUUUGGGUACCUUAAAAUUUUCCCUAUAUUUUGAUAAAGUUCUUAUCUUUACGCUGAAAAGCUUGCAUUCUGAUUGUUUACGUUGUCUCGUUAGGAAGAUCAACUGAAUUCUCUUUCUGGGUUAUGGUUGAUUUUAGGAUUGAUUAGAAAAAUUCAGGAUUCCAUAGUUUAUAAUCUCCAAUUUUUCGUUAGGAUAAAAACCCACAAGCUGGAUUUGUAGUAUCAUGAAUAAUUAUCCAUUUGGGUCUAACAGUCCCAGGUCCUUCAGUGCAUAUCCAAGAGGUGACAUUGACAUAGAAUCAGGAACCAUCAGAAGAGCCCGUAAAUCUCGAAAUUCACCAUAUCAUCCCAUUAGAAUGCUUAAAUCUUUAGCUAGCCACCUUCACUACUAUUACAAGUUGCAUCCAUUUCUUGUUUUCUUCUCGUCCUUGUCAUUUGGAGUCACAAUAUUGAUAAUUCUUUCUUUGUAUGAGAACCACUACACCGUGUUGAGAAAUUAUCAAAGAACUGAUAUGGGGUUUAAUGAUAAUCCGUAUGCAAAACUUAAGAAUCUUGUAAUGGUUGCUGGCCACGCAGUUUAUACUAGUAGUAGUUGUGGGAAAGUUGAUGAGGAAGAUUCUUGGUUUUUGAUGCCUUAUCAGAAGCACUCAGGUCAGGCUGCUACUUUUUUGACCCACAUACGGGAGGGGAUAGACAUUGUAGCAAAAGAUGAUGAGGCUUUGCUUCUGUUUAGUGGUGGAGAAACUCGAAAAGAAGCUGGUCCUCAUAGUGAGGCACAGAGUUAUUGGUCUGUUGCUGAAUCAAAAGGAUGGUUUGGUGAAGAAGAAAGUGUGAGGUGGAGAGCAUUGACAGAGGAGCAUGCAAGAGAUAGCUUUGAGAAUCUUCUAUUCAGCGUGUGUCGUUUCCGAGAGCUUACUGGGUCAUAUCCGCAUAACAUAACUGUUGUAAGCUAUGAUUUCAAAGAGGAGAGAUUUGCACACUUGCAUCGCUCUGCUAUCAGUUUUCCAGAGUCACGGUUCUUCUACAUUGGCACUCCAGCUUCACCAAUGUCUAGAGAAGCAGCUUCGAAAGGUGAGGCCUUGGUGAGGGCUCAAUUUCAAGAGGAUCCAUAUGGAUGUAUCAGUUCACUUAAGGGGAAAAAACUAGGCCGUGAUCCCUUUCAUCGGACAAUUCCUUAUCCUGAAGGAUGCCCUGAAAUUAAAGGCCUAUUCAGACAUUGUGGGACUGCUCCUUAUCAGGGUUCCCUCCCUUGGGCUCAGUAAGGUAGAAUAUAGUCACUGUCUUAAAUCCCAAUAAUCUAUGCAACCCAAAGCACUCAAAGCUUGAUACUUGUAUUUUUAGUAGACAAAUAUUGGAGCUUAACUUCAUAAUCUGGUUAAACAAUACAUCAUUCACCCAAUUUAUAGAAAUAGAAAAGAUGAAAUUGUCUUCUCUUCUCUUCUUGCUUGUGUUCGUUGCCAUGACUGAUUGAAGUGACUUGCUUCUGAAUUAGCUUUGAAUGUACAAUGUUUCUGCCAUUGAUCUUAGUCUUUAAAAAAGCAGUCAAACUGUUGUACUCGUGUUAUAUGCAUUUCUGGCUGGCAAUCAAGAACUGGUUUCCCAGUGUAUCUUUGUAUAUCAAAAUCUAGGGUAGAGGGAUGCGUCCAGACUCCAGAAGUUCAU